GGAUAAGGUGGCGAGUACCGACAGGGUUGCAGACGAGCCCAAAGUAGAGACUCAUAAGAGAGAGCACGAAGAAGGCGAUGUUCAAGAGAAUAAGAGACCCAAGGUUGAGAUUCCCGAAGGAAUGUCCAAAAGUGCAUGGAAAAAGCUUCAAAAACGAAAGAAAUGGGAAGAAACCAAACCACAAUAUCUAGCUGAAAAACGAGAAAAGAGAAAGCUAGCAAGACAAAGACGGAAAGAGAGGGAACAGGAGGAAGAAGGAGAGCAAAAUUACCAUCAAAUGAGAAAGUCCAAGAACCUCCCAACCGAGCAAAAAACUACCGGGAUCAAUUUCAUUAUGGACUGUGAAUUUGACGACUUGAUGAACGAUAAGGAGAUUGUAUCUUUGAGCAGUCAAAUAGCCCGUUGCUAUAGUGCCAAAAGACAUUGUCAAUAUGAAGUUGGGUUAGAAAUCAGCAGUUUCAAUAAAAAUUUAAAAGAACGAUUUGAAAAAGCAGUAUCCCAAUAUAAAUUAUGGAAGGGAUUACCGUUCAAAGAGAACGAAAAGCUCAGCGAUAUAAUCGACCAAACCCAAAAGGAUAAAUACGUUUAUUUAACUGCAGAUACCAACGAAGUAAUUGAACAAUUGGAGCCCGAUACUACUUACAUUAUAGGAGGGAUCGUUGAUAAAAACAGACAUAAGAAGCUAUGUGUUAACAAAGCCAAGGAACUAGGCUUGAAAGUGGGUAGAUUACCCAUCGAUAAGUAUAUCAAGAUGAAUGGCCGACAAGUAUUAGCCACCUCCCAUGUUUACGAAAUCGCUUGCAAAUGGUUUGAAAACGAUAAGGACUGGGGGAAAGCGUUCAACGAAGUGUUACCUCCCCGAAAGAUCAAAGCCCACGGCACACUGGCCGAGCCCACUGAGCCGGCCACCGAGUCCUCUGUCGAACCAGAAGCUAAUCAGCUGGCGUAGGCCCUCAUGUAUAUAGAGUUGCAAAAUGUAUAGUCCGGGUGCACGGGUCUACAAUUCCAAAAAAAUUAAUCCACAAACAUCCGUACACCUAUAAUAUAUUGCUUACAUAAUCAUCGACAUUAUUUUUCUC